UAUUCAUAUUACUACAAAUCAAAUGUGUACUUGGGAAGAAACAUUUGAUAAAAUUAAACAUAAAAAUGUUCGAGAUAAUAUUGAAAAAGAAUUAGAAGAACUUCUUGAUUCUUGGGUUGAUAAAGACUGGAUAUUAUUAAAUGAAAAUAUAAUUUAUGAAAUCAAUUAUGAAUGUAAUGAAUUUACAGAUGAAAUUUCAGAAACAGAAUCUGAAAAUUUAGAAGAACCUUACGAUGAUUCAGAUUCUGAAGAAUCAGAAGAAUUAGAAGAAAUAAAAACAAAACCUAAAAAAAAGAAGAGAAAAUUAGAUAAAAAACCAACUAAAAAAAAAAGAAAAUUAAGUAAAUAUAAUAUAUUUAUGAGAGAUGAAAUGAAAAGAUUAAAGAAAGAUAGUGUUGCAUUGAAUAAAUUAUUUUCAAUGGCAACUAAACAUUGGAAAGAAUCUAAAAAUAACUUUUAA